GUCAGCUGACCGGGCCCGACCGGAAAGAGAAAGUCCUGGACCCGGGCGUCCCGGCGCGAUGAGGUUCCGGUUCUGUGGUGAUCUGGACUGUCCUGACUGGGUCCUGGCAGAGAUCAGCACACUGGCCAAGAUUUCUUCCGUGAAGCUGAGGCUGCUGUGUAGCCAGGUGCUGAAGGAGCUUCUGGGACAGGGGAUUGAUUACGAGAAGAUCCUGAAGCUCACUGCUGAUGCCAGGUUUGAGGCAGGUGAUGUGAAGGCCACGGUGGCAGUGCUGAGCUUCAUCCUCUCCAGCGCGGCCAAGCAUAGCGUGGAUGGCGAGUCCUUGUCCAGUGAACUGCAGCAGCUGGGGCUGCCCAAAGAGCACGCGGCCAGCCUGUGUCGCUGUUAUGAGGAGAAGCAAAGCCCCCUGCAAGAGCACCUGCGGGCCUGCAGCCUUCGAGUGAACAGGCUGGCAGGCGUGGGCUGGCGGGUGGACUACACGCUGAGCUCUAGCCUGCUGCGGUCCGUGGAGGAGCCCAUGGUGCACCUGCGGCUGGAGGUGGCAGCUGCCUCGGGUGCCCCGGCCCAGCCUGUUGCCAUGUCCCUCUCAACAGACAAGUUCCAGGUCCUCCUGGCAGAACUGAAGCAGGCCCAGACCCUGAUGAGCUCGCUGGGCUGAGGAGGAGAGUGUCUGCGCCCGCCCGGAGCUGCCCUACCUGUGGCGGGUGGCUGCCCUCUGAACCUCCCUUUAGGAGGUGGCCCCAGCUCCGGGGUCUCUGGCUUCCUGGGUCAUCACCUGAGUGUUCAGCGUAGGGAUCCUGAGACCUCUGCCAGCAUUGCCUUCUCUCCCCCGUGAAGGGCACUUGUCAGUGGUUUUCAUGAGCAGAAAGAAUAAACAGACGUGCAAGAAGUGUGAAGGAGCAUGUGCAUGGGUUUCUUUUGGGUUCAGAGCCAUUUUCGUGAGAGAGACCAAGUGACAUACGGCCCUCCCUGACCCAUCACGCAUUUUUCUCUUCUCAGCUGCUGAUUGAGGCAGCUCGGGUGAGGCAGAACAAGGGCUGAAAUGAAACAGCUUAUCCGUAGACAGAACAACCAGGGUUCUAGCUCCCAGUCCUCCCGUGCUCUUGGCUCUGCCGUCUCUGUGCUGGUCUUGUCCGUAGGCUGGCAGCAAGUGGGUGUCCCAACACCAGAGCCCCAAGUAGAGAAAGGAGAGCCCUUGCCUUCCUGCCACCUUCUUUAGGAAGAGAGAAGGGCCCAUGCCUGAGCCACUCAUUGGCAAGAGAAAUGGGAUAAUGGACUGAAUGUUUGUGACCAUCACCCCCUCUCCCAAUUCAUGUGUCAAAGCUCUCACUCCUAGUGAGAUGGUGUUAGGAGGUAGGGCCUUUGGGAAAUAAUUAGGUUUAGAUGAAGUCAUGAGAGUGGGACCCUCUUGAUGAGAUUAGUGCCCUUAUUAGGAGAAAAGACUCUCUCCCGACAAGCAUGUACCAAGGCCACAUGAGAACAUAAGGAGACAGCUGUCUGGCAGGGCAGGAGAGAGCCCUUACCAAGAACUGCUUUCUGCCUUGAACUUGGACUUUCCAGCCUCUUCUGUGAGAAAUAAAUGUCUGUUGUUUAA